CUUGUGUAUGUACUGUUUGUUCUCUCUCCUUUUUGUUUGGUUUAGUUUGUAUCUUUUUCUCCUUCCACAUCAUAAUGUCAACAAAUCAAUGGUGGUGUAGGGGUCAUGGCAUCUCAUAUUCUACACCCACUCACCUUUUACUUCUGACCCUUCAUCUCUAUUUCUCUUUUCUCUUUUGAGCUUUCCUUGGACACUUCCCAUUUCUUGAUCAUAGUUUCAACUAAAAUUACUACCAGGGUUUAUGUCCAUUUGAAAGAAGUUACUUACUUCACAUCAAGCAUGGGUUCAGGCCAUUGGUUUAAGACAAUCAUUCGAUUAAGAAAAUCAAAACAAAGCAGAUCAAAGAAAUCAAAGGGAUCUUUAGCUUCAUUGAAGAUAAAGAAUAAUACAGAAAGAGAGUCUAGUGGUUCAGCAAAUGGAACUAGUACUGCAAGUGAAAAUCUUGUGUCCUCUGGGGUACCACUUGAAACUAUUGCUGCAACAAGAAUACAGAUGGCAUUCCGGGCAUACAAGAUCUUUCUUAAAGCCAUCUACUUUUUUUUCGUUUUACCAAGACGACAUUCGAAUUCUACAGGCUAGAAAAUCUUUAGGCCGAUUAAAAGGAUUGGCAAAACUAAAGAUUCUGACAGAAGGUUACUCUGUUAGAAAACAAGCUACUACAGCCAUAAAUUAUCUUCAUUCAUGGAGUAAGAUACAGACAGAUAUUAGAGCUCGCCGAAUCUGUAUGGUGACAGAAGACAGGAUCAGGCGGAAGAAACUGGAUUCACAGCUAAAGCUUGAAGCAAAGCUCCAUGAUCUGGAGGUGGAUUGGUGUGGAGGCCCUGAAACCAUGGAGGAAAUCGUUGCAAGGCUACAUCAGAGAGAAGAAGCAGCAGUUAAGAGGGAAAGAGCCAUGGCUUAUGCCUUUUCUCAUCAGUGGAGGGCUAACUGUAGUCAGAGUCAAGGGCUAGGCAGUUAUGAACUUGGCAAAGCUAACUGGGGUUGGAGCUGGAAGGAGUGCUGGAUUGCGGCUCGCCCGUGGGAAAGCCGCAUCCCCAACCUAACCGUGAGUCCCAAGAAAGCUCAAAAUAAGUACUCAAGCCAAGGUCAGAAGGAUAAGAACGCAUUGACACCAAAUGAACAAGUUUCAGUUAAAGCUCCUUCACCUAAUGUAAAAGGCACUCCUCCUUCUUUAGGUAGUGCAAAAGGGUCUACAAAAGCUAGGAGACUAUCUUACCCAACCACACAGAACAUGGUGGUGCAUGAAGGAAAGCAAUGAAAUCUCAUGUGGCUGGCACUCAUAAUAUGCAGUUUUCAUUUAAUUCAAGCCUAUUGUGUAACAUUUUUUUUCCUUCCUUGUGUUUUUAUGUUACUUCAGUGUUCCAAAUUGAUCAAAUAUUCACAAAAUUAGAGAACCAACAGACUUGUCUUUCUAAAAAGAGUAGACAUUCAAACUGUAAUAUCAAGCUUAUGACAUGGACUAAUUUC